AUGACACAGACUGUUGACACAAGCAUCCCAACAGUCCCAUCGCCUUCACCGAAGGUGGAAACUCCGCCUGCUGGCGGAUAUCCUGCACUAUGCAAAACCCUGGCAUUCAUCUGGGCCUCUGGCGUGUUUGUGGGCCGGGGUAUGAUGGCUCAACAGGGCAUGGAUGUCCCGAACACUGGAUUUCUGCCCGUUCUGAUCGGGUUUUUGGAGUGGUUCUCUGUUUUCGAUGAUGAAUGGAUCAGGUUCUAUGUCGAUCGGGAGGUAAAUGCCUCGGGACCUCGUCUUCUCUUCUGCGCCCGGGAAGGAAAAGGCCGGAACAGACUGAACAGAGCAGACCGGCCACUGAAACUGCAAUGGAUAAAGAGGACAGGGACCGACAUUUCUGGAUAUGUUUGUGGAGUACUAAAAAAUACCAUACGGCGAGCAUGGUCAACUGCGGCCAAGGCUGUACAUGUACUCACAUUCUGGCGUUUGUCUGGCGGGAACGGAGGUGGAACUUCAGUUCCUCUCGAGAACGUGGCAAGGGUAAAGGACACUAUUGGUGGUCAGAAUGUUGCCGACCAGGUGCAUUCAGCUCCCAGCUUGCAUAAGGCACAAGUAUGUGUACGAUGUUGGAUGGCCCUGGCGAGGGUGAUGACUGUGCUUGAGUGGAAAUUCAAGUAUAAGUUCAAGCCAGAAACCGCCACUGAGCCUGAACCUGGAACCGACAAUGGCGCGAUCCGAAAGAGGCUUCCUGAUAGGAACUUUCCGGCCAGGUAUCGCCAUCAGUUAGAUUCACCGAACAAAAAAGAACGUGAGAACGCGGCGAAAUUACUUCAAAACCCGAGUCAGCUUAGUGUGAUAUAUGGGAUGUCCGUCGCUCCAGUUCGUGGUCGUGGUGACGGAGAGAUCCCGAACCUAGAUGACAGGAAAGUUCGAACUACGACUGUCUUGGUGGGACUCCUCAUAUUGUCGACCUUGGGCCUUAUGACGAAGUCUCAGAUAUCAGMUUUAUGCUUCUCAUUAUUGCCGGCCUCUGUCGGUAUUCAUUUCUGUGCUCGACGGUUGACCCCAGAGCAGAGGCAAUUUUUCAACUUUGUCAGUGAACACUCUGCUCAGAUCGAACGCAUCUCACGGCACAUGCAUCUUGACCUUGUGCAUGAUCCUUAUUGGUCAGAUAGACCUAUUGAUGUAAUGCUUCACUAUAACGGAAUCACAGCAUGGUGCAGGUGCAGCCCUAUCCCACCUGGAGAGACGACAGAGCGAGAAAAGAAGGAUACAUGGAUUGAGAUAGUCAUUCCCAGCAUUUCACCCAAGUGUAACCGAGUCUACGAGUUCCUUGACAGCUUUGUGCACAGUUUUCUUCCCUGGGGUCACUCGAAGAACUGGGAUGUCAACUUCGCCUACGCUUUCAUCAUGCUCUUAUGCACUGCCUACAACGUCAAGAUGGGAGCAUGUGGCCUUGCAACAGCCUGCGCUGGCAAACUACUUUGCCCGCGAAACAGAUGGGGUGACGGGGACCAGUGGACUUUAGCAUGGUAUAUAUGGAUCCUCCAAUGGCUGACAGAUGGUAAAUUUUCAAAGGACAUAAUAUCUUGUUUGCCUCAGCAAAAUCGGGCAUAA